AUGUCGGAGACACCAAGACGCCCUAUGAAAUUCCCUUACACGUUUUCAGCGAAGAUUGCACAAUUCCCGCUUAAAUAUUACAUCCAGAAUCAAUGGAUCUGGCGUUACUGGUUCAUUGGUAUGGGCGUCUGUCUUCCAGUUUUCUACAAGAUUAACAAGAUGGCCAACUCACCUGAGAAUGUCAGCAAAUGGGCUGAAAUAAGAAGGAAGGAGGCAGCUGAGCACCACCAUUAA